CCUCAAAAUCCCUACGGCGGUCCCCGUUCAAAACGCUGAGCCAACGAACGUCUUCGAGUGUGUCUUACCGUUCACCAGAAACGACAACAAACGGCCGCUCUGUGGGGUAUCAAAGUUAUUCACAAUGGAAGAGGCCAGCGUUGAGUGGGAGCUGUGCAAGGAGAACAUUCAGCCACUGAGGCAGGGACGGAGCAUGGCUGCCAUCCAGCUGGCUCUCGCUCAGCAGCAAGAGGGCGUCAGCACCGCCGUCGACCAACAGAGGAAGGCUUUUGAAGCAGAGCUGCGAAUGUAUGAAGGCGAUGAUCCACUUGACGUUUGGUAUCGAUACAUAAAAUGGACAGAGCAAGCGUUUCCUUGGGGUGGGAAAGAGAGCAGCCUGUCCACGCUGCUGGAGCAAGCUGUGACCAAGUUUACUGAGGAGAAGAAGUACUACAACGACCCCCGAUAUGUUGACCUCUGGAUCAAAUUUGCGAAUAUUAGCACUGAUCAGCUGAGCAUGUUCAGGUACAUGCAAGCUCAGGGCAUCGGAGUACUGUGCUCUUCCUUCUACAUCGCCUGGUCUGAAAUAUACGAGAUUCAGGGCAUGCGGAGGGAAGCGGAUCAGAUUUACCAGGAAGGCAUCAAGAACUUUGCGCAGCCUCGUGACAAACUCCAACAGUUUCACAUGGCUCUGCAGUCGCGCAUUGUUCGACAGGUGACCAUGGAACUGGACAACGUAGCUGCAGACUCCGAUGAAGAGGAGCCGGAGAGGCUUGCUUUCAAUGAGCUGAGAGGUAGAGGGAUGGGAAAAGCCGUCGCUCCCAUCAACAGAACCGGCGCUGUAGUCAAACAAAAACCAAGAGGCCUGCAGAUGCAAGCAAGGCCGCCUGACAGAGGCGGCGCUAACAAGUUUCUCAUCUUCGACGAGAACAAGGCUGAAAGUUCUGCUACGCCCGAGCAUAAACCAGAGCCCUGGGGCGCCCCGCCUGAGCGGAAGCCAAAGGAAAACCUGCAGAAAGUGGAAAAGUGGUGCGACGUCAAGAUGCCAGUCAAGUCCAAACAUGGACAUUGCCUUACAAAACCGACACCUCCAGAACCGACCUUCCAGCUGUUCGAGGACGAGUCGGACCCGCCGCCCGCCAUGACGCCGUGCAAGAUCAACCCUGCAGUGAACAGAGUCUUAUCUGCGCGCAAACCCGGCAAGGAGGAGUCUCAUCUGCAGCGGCUUCAGAGGCACCGCAGCUCCGAACAGGAACACGCGUCAGACAAGAGCGAGUACUGCAGAGAGCUGCUGCUCAACGGCGUCACGGAGUUCUGCUUUGAAGAGCUGCGAGCCGAACGCUACUUCAUGAAGACGUCCAAGUGAAGCCCGGUGUUUUUCCCGUGUUCACUGAGACUUUUGUACGUCCCAUUUUAAACUUAUUAUUUAAGAGGCCAACGACUGACGUUUUUUUUCUUACAGUGACUUUUAGCUGAAAUUUGUAGACCUCACUAUACACCUGUAACAGCCAAUUCAGCAUAUAUAUGUGUGUGUGCGUCAACGCUGCUGCGGCGUUGGCUUGUCAAUACUACUUCCUGUCCUGUCUCUUACUAAUCCAACACUGUCCGAGUUGAUCCCUCUUCGCUCUUCUUUUUUUUAAGUUCUGCUGAGUACUUUCUCUGGGAUGCUGCUUCAAUAAACCA